UAAGUUAAAACAUACACCCUCUUCGUUUCAACAAAACCCUGUGUUCCGUGUAACCCCUGUCCUCCUCCUUGUUCUAGACUGUCUUAAACCCUAAAAGAUGGAAGACGAAGAACAAACCACGAACAACAAAGUAAAAACAGUAGAUGCCAACAACCAGCAAUCGGGGAAGAAGAGAAAAAAGCAGAAAGAAGUUGCCAUCUUCGGCAACUACAGGAACUACUACACUUAUCGGAUUGAUCAAGGGUUGGAAGAAGAUCCUAGGAUUAAGAUUAUGAAAAAGGAAUGGUUUGAAGGGAAAACUUGUCUUGACAUUGGUUGCAAUAGCGGAUUGAUAACCAUUACAAUUGCAAAAAACUUUGGUUGCCAGAAAAUCCUUGGAGUUGACAUAGAUUCAGCCCGAAUUGAGGAUGCACAUUGGAAUCUUAGGAAAAUUGUGAAGAUGAGUGAAAGCAAAAAGCAACAUUCAGGGGAUUCUCUUUCACAUUUAUUUGACAUUGUCUCUUUCAAGAAAGAUAAUUUCGUUCAAAGUUGGUCAACUCCAGGGGAGAAAUACGAUACCAUUCUCUGCCUAAGUGUUACAAAAUGGGUUCAUUUGAAUUGGGGCGAUGAGGGGUUAAUAACACUGUUUUCGAAGGUUUGGAGGCUUCUUCAACCUGGUGGAGUAUUCAUUUUGGAACCUCAACCAUGGACAUCAUAUGUGAGUAAUCGUCAAGUGUCAGAGGUAGCAGCGACUAAUUACAAGAUGCUUGAGAUUUUCCCAGAAAAUUUUCAGGAGAUUCUUCUAGACAAGAUUGGGUUUCGUGAAAUUGAGAAUUUAAGUGCGAGUUUAUCUGGAAGCAAAACAGGAUUUAAUCGACCUGUUUUAGCUUUAUGGAAGUGAGUUUAGUUUACUUUUUCUUUUUUGGUCUUUGGGUUUUCCAUUUUUGAGGUCUCUUGGAAAUCCUUGAUAGUUGAUGAUGAUGUAUUGUGAAUGAAUAUAUACAUGGUUCAUAGAAAAGUUUAUAUAAUGCCAAUAUCAGUCCUUCAGUUUCU